AUGUUGAUAGGUGUCCAGCAUUUGCUCGAGUAUGUCGACCGUACUCCGUUCAAGAAGUCUAUCCUUCGUUUAGGUUAUUCUGUUUCCAAAUGGCAAAUCGAAGAACUGAAAACUGAUUCGCAAAUUUUGUCUGAAGUCAGAAAGACGAGAUCAGAAAACGAUAAGUUAUAUUAUUUGACUUCGGAUGACCUACGCAACUAUCGCGAGAGCUAUGGGACCAUCGUCGGAAGAUAUGAUGUCGAUGAUUAUCGCUCGGUCUGCACCGCUGCACAAAAAAAUGAGAGCAUUCGGUUUUUUACGGAGUCUUCAGAUGAGCAUGGAGAAGAGGAAGCGAAGUCGGCGUCUGGAUGCUUUAUUAGUAAUUCUGGAGGAUUCUGUGGAGAUGAUAGAUCAUUUAAGGAUGGUGGAGGUCAUUCGGAAGUUGGAGACGGAGGUCCUGAAAUUCUAGCUAGUGCAGAUUCUGGUCGUUCAGAUGAAGUGGAAGUAAGAGAUGUUGUCGACCAAGUAGAUCAAACUUCCAGUCUCGGAUCAUCGGCACCCGGAUCUAUGGUCCUCGCUGUUAUAUCUGACGACUGUAGAAUGAAAGCAAAUCUAAUACAUCAAGUAAGUGACAAAAUGUCUGCCUCUGGGACGGCUGAUGAUAAGAAACUGUUGGAUCAGUUGUAUGAUCAGUCCAAAGAAGUUGCUUUGUUCUUCAAAUCAAAAGCACCACAGUACGCAUCAAAACUAACUCCAGUCAGAGGAUGUGAAAGAACUCGCGAAAAAACGAUGAGGGAGAAAGUUGGAUUCCCGACUAGAAAAAAGAGGCGUGUCAAUGAAAGAGAAACUGUGGAAUUGAUAAACUUGAACAGCGAUGAUGUUACGUUCUGCUGCAUCUGUCGUAAAAUGUGCCCAGAAGGAGAUGAACUGGAAAUCAAUUGGCUCGGUUGCCGCAUAUGCAGAAUUUGGGUUCACGAGUCGUGCGCCGAGAAACAGAGUAGUAUUUGCAACAUAUGCAGUACAAAGUACUCUGAGAUGGAGUCUUUGUAUAAUUAA